UUUAUAAAUUGAAUGUAUAAUUGUACGUGUUUUGUAAGGUUGCUUAAACUAAAUGAAAACACAAACAUCGAGUUAACUAAUAAAAAUUAAAAGUUUAUUUACUUGAUUUAAAUUACUCGGUUAGCUAUUAAACAUCGAUGCCAAAAACAAUUUUAUUGUAAAUGCGUGUGAUAUUAAUGCGACAAAACAAACACUUACACUGGAUAUAACAAUAUUGUAUACGCAACAAGAGCAAAGAUCAUGACGUGUACAGUAACAUGGUGGGAAAUUGUGGCGGUCCUGCUUAUGAACGCGGCACUCGUAGUUUCAGAGUUUCCAGCUUCCGGUUUCAACGUCAGACCGGAUACUCCGGCUCCCGAGUUCCUUCCGAGUUCCUUAAAUGUAACUUUCCGGCGCGGGGAACUGGCAGUACUUAGAUGCAGCGUUUACAACCUCGGAACCAAAACGGUUGUUUGGAGGCGUCAGGAAAAUUCUUUCCCAUUGACAUCCGGCACGAUGACCGUUGUUGCCGACGACCGGAUACAGAUUGGUCACGUAGACUUCAAGAAUCAAUGGGAUCUUAUGAUAAAAAAUGUGCAACCGGAAGACGAAGGCGUGUAUGAGUGUCAGGUGGCAUCAACCAAUAAGAAUAUACGCAGAAUGGUCUCUCUCACUGUGAUUGAUUCAAUAGCAGAUGCCAAGGAAAUUUCAAUCAGCGAAGAACAGUACGUUGAACGAGGCGAACCAGUCACGUUACACUGCAAUGUCACGGGGCAGCACUAUACACCGGAUGGGAUAGACUGGUUUCGAAACGGCGAAAAAGUGACGUCGGAGAAACGAAUGGGCGUACAAUUGUUAAAACAUUUAUCAAUCGUUCAUAGAACGUUUACUAGUAUUUUGAGCAUAGAGAAAGCAACCAUGGAAGACAGUGGUGUGUAUGUUUGUAGGUCGUCCAAUAUGCAAAUUGCUUAUACGAAAGUCCGAGUUUUAAACGCGGAGACGUCCAAUAAAAAGCGAGGGACAUCUCAUGACGCGUUUAUUGACGAACAAAUGUCCAAUUGGCAGCUGAAGUCAUCUACUUCAAAUACAAGGCAGCCGAUAUUCGCGUUUAUUUGCUUGUGUUGUUUGCCGACGUUUAAACAUUUCUGCACAUGAAAUGAAGGUAAAAUAACCCUUUUAACGAGAAAUAGUUGGACUGAGAUCGUGAAACUGAUUACAGCGUCAACACCGCAUUAACCACGAUUGUCAACUUUAUGCUUUUAUUUCUGAUAUGACUUUGACGUCUCUUGACGCCUACAACACAACCCGUGGAAUAACAAACAAGCAAAUGUGCCUCGAGAUAAACGGAGUGUAUACUAAACAUAGGAAUACAACUCAAUUCCGUGCCAAGUUCUCAACUCUGAAUUUUUCCCGGUCGUGCUGAAGAUAUUACGAUAUCGAAUAUAGUCUAUGAAUCGUAUGCGGGUGAAGACCCGGCUUCAGAUAUCGGUAGUAUACGUCAUUACCGUAUGUCAGUCAUUGAAAUGUGUAUGUGCUCCAAAACGUGUUCAGCAAAGAAUUUGCGCCAGUUAUUUUUAUAAACAAUAAUUUGUGUUCUAUAUUUAUUCCUGCAAAACAGUGAGAUGUAUGGCUUAUAUGCGCGUAAAGUAAGUGUCUAAGAUUAUUAUCUUCGAAGUUAAUAACAUAUAAAUAUACGUUUGAUCCUAUUCAUAUGUAGGUAUAUUGUAUUUCAUAUAAAAUAAGCUGUAUAUUCAUGGAACAAGGACUUACCAUUUCUCCUAAUGUUAUCGGGGAAAUUGUUUGUCAAACAAAAGUAACUUGUCAUGGCGGCCGAAAGGAUCGAAGGAUUUUAUAAAUACAAGUUCGAUUAUGUCUGUAACAAUCUUAUUACAACAUUGUCUCGUUUUAUUUAUAGAUUAAUGUUAUUUAUUUACCGGUUGUGCUCAUUAAUGGAUAAUGUUAUUUCUAUUAUUUUAAGACGGUGUUCACGUCACGAUUUUGGAAUAACACGAACUUUAAGAAUAGCCGACUUGAUAUAUAUUUGCCUUUUAAAUAUAUGAACAGAGAGACUGUGAAGAGCAAACUUUUUUAAAUAAAUGUCAAAACAUACUUUAAGACACUACUCUCUAUAUAAUAGUGUUUACAAAAUAAAUUGUAUCGAUGGUAUUAUCAUGUUGACCAACUGUGUCAAUGAAUCUUGUUAAAAGAGUUUCUAUUAAAUCUUCUAUUAAUGUUUGCCUUCUUAAGUGUAAGGAAAUUAUUUUAUCGAUAUAUUUGUAUGCUGUAGUGUUAAAGAAUGACAUAAUUUGGAAAGUGUUCCGAUGAUACCGACUAUACACGAUACACUCAGCUAUUUGAAAUAUGCAUUCCAUCACUUACGAAUUAUUUUCUUAUUUGAUUAUAUUUAAGUUUGUUAACACUGAGAGAAUAUAAAAAUGUAUGGAUUUGCAAAAUUAAAGCGUUCGAAUAAAUAUAGAGCUGUGUGCUCUACAGUAACAAUAUUUAUUUUCAAGAAAAUACAAAUUACAAAACCUUUCGCAACUCACCAUUUACGUUAAUCAGAUCGUCCAAAAUCACACAUUUGAGCACUAUUGUUUUCUU